CAGUGCCGCGGGCCGCGCGCGCUCCCGAUAGGGAAGGGCCGGAGCUGGGCAGGGGCGCGCGGGAGAGUCCAUGCUCACCGGAGCCCCGCCCAACCCCGCCCCAACGGGGGCUGGAACCCGGCGCCGAGCGGAGUGGAAAGGGGCCUCUGGUGACCACCCCUACCUGGCAUCCCUCUAACCCAGGAGGAGCGUAGGGAAAGGGGCUGUGGGCCUCUCGGGGAGCGAGCUGCGGGUAGCGGCGCAUUGGGGACAGGCGCGCGCUUGGCUGUCGCUUCUGCCGCUGUGUCUGGGAGGACUCGAACUGGCGCCAGAUCAUUUGCGUUAGAGUUGCCCUCGUACAAUCUGCUGAUUCUGCACAUGCCACUUCUGACCAUUCUGCAGUUUAGAAUCCAAAAGGAAAUAUUAGGAAGCUGUGGUUUUCAAAGCUAAUUAUGAAAACAUUUAUCAUUGGAAUCAGUGGUGUGACAAACGGUGGGAAAACAACACUGGCUAAGAAUUUGCAGAAACACCUCCCAAAUUGCAGUGUCAUAUCUCAGGAUGAUUUCUUCAAGCCAGAGUCUGAGAUAGAGACAGAUAAAAAUGGAUUUUUGCAGUAUGAUGUGCUUGAAGCACUUAACAUGGAAAAAAUGGUGGCAGCCAUUUCCUGCUGGAUGGAAAGUGCAAGACGCUCUGUGAUAUCAACAGACCAGGAAAGUGCUGAGGAAAUUCCCAUUUUAAUCAUCGAAGGUUUUCUUCUUUUUAAUUAUAAGCCCCUUGACACUAUAUGGAAUAGAAGCUAUUUCCUGACUAUUCCAUAUGAAGAAUGUAAAAGGAGGAGGAGUACAAGGGUCUAUGAGCCUCCAGACUCUCCGGGAUACUUUGAUGGCCACGUGUGGCCCAUGUAUCUAAAGCACAGACAAGAAAUGCAGGACAUCACAUGGGAAGUUGUGUACCUGGAUGGAACAAAAUCUGAAGAGGACCUCUUUUUACAAGUAUAUGAAGAUCUAAUACAAGAACUAGCAAAGCAAAAGUGUUUACAAGUGACAGCAUAAAGACGGAAUGCAGCAAAUCCUUCCUGAAGUGAAUUAGGAAACUCAAGGGGUAAUUUAAGAACCUUAACGAAGAUACAAUGUAUACUGUGGUACAAUGACAGCCAUUGUUUCAUAUGUUUGAUUUUUAUUGCACAUGGUUUUCCCAACAUGUGGAACAGUAAAUAUCCAUGCCAAUGGACAGGACUCUACCUUAGCAAGUUGCUCCCUCUCCAGGGAGUGCAUAGAUACAGCAGAGCUCACGGUGAGUCAGAAAGUCUCCACUUUCUGAACAUAGCUCUCUAACAAUGGUUGUCAAACUUUUCUAACUGGAGCUCAGAGUAAGAAAUAAAGAUUACAUCACAAUCCAA